AAACUUAACAUUUCCGAGGUGUGUAUGAACGCAGCAUGACGCCGCCUGUGGUGGCUCAUUACAUUAUCUGGCAACCGGAGUGGCAGCGGACAGAAGAGAGGGGAUCCCCGGGAUUUUUACACCGGAGCCACUUAAAUACCACCAGCAAAUAUCUGAACAUCACGGGGGAACUCGGUCAGGCUCCUCCUAGACUCCGUAAGUCCGCCAUCUCCUUAUAAUAUCAUUAACGUAUUCAAUAUAUAAUUGUCAAUUAAAUUAUGACGACGGAGGGAAGUUUCUCUUUCGGCGUUAGCUCGGCUAACUUAAGCUAGCUAGCAUAGCUUGAUCUCAGCUAACGUGCAAGGUAACAGUGUGUGUGUCUCUCUGCUGCACACACACACCUACGGAGAGCCAAGAACACACCAAAAAGUCUAGGAAUAAUAAAACAAACUUCUCCUGCAAACUUGUACAAGGAUGCUCCAAUAGGAAGACUCAAUGGUGAGAGCAGCCAUGUCAGAGGAGGCGGUGCGUCAAACGCGAAGCCAGAAGCGUGCUCUGGAGAGGGACCACACGCCCGUCGAUGAGUCCCCCGAAGACACGGACAGCAAACGGGUUAAGCUGGAGAAAGGCGACGCUGCAGGAGCUCCCCUGGACCUCGUGGGAUCCGAAGCUGGCGUCAAGCUGAAGAGCGAGCAGGCGGUGAAGGUGGCAGCCAGCAUCCUGAAAGCUGGGGAAGUGAAGGCCACCAUCAAGGUGGAGGUGCAGACUGGAGACGAGCCGGUGGACAUGAGCACAUCAAAAGGUGACAUCAAGAAAGAGCGGCAGCCGCCAUCGCCUGAUGACGUCAUUGUGUUGUCAGACAAUGAGCCAUCCAGUCCUCUAAUGAAUGGCCACUGCUUCACCAAGACUGACACAGAUAAACUCAUGAAGAGUUCACCCGAGGAGAGGGAGCGCAUCAUCAAACAGCUGAAGGAGGAACUGAGACUCCAAGAGGCCAAGCUGGUGCUGCUCAAGAAGCUACGACAGAGUCAGAUUCAGAAGGAGAGCACUGUGCAGAAGUCCACGGGCUCAGUGGCCACUCCUCCUCCUCUAGUGAGAGGCAGCAUCACAUCAGGCAAAGGAACCCUCCAGGUAACAGGUCGAAGCUCAGGCACGGUGAUUCCUCCCCCCUUGGUGCGAGGUGGUCAACAUAUACCGUCCAAACACAACUCUCAGAUUGUCAUGCCUCCGCUGGUCAGAGGGGCCCAGCCUAUUGCGAUGACUCCUCAGCAGAUAGCCAGUCUACGCCAGCAACAGCAGCAGCACAGUGGGUCAGGGCCCCCCCCACUGCUAUUGGCCCCCAGGGCUUCUGUGCCCAAUGUCCAGGUCCAGGGCCAGAGGAUCAUUCAGCAGGGACUCAUUCGGGUGGCUAAUGUGGCCAACAGUAAUGUCAUGGUCAACAUCCCUCAGGCUUCUCCAACCGGCCUUAAAGGCUCUUCAGUGUCACCCAACAGUAUUAAUGAUUCCCCUGCCAGCCGGCAGGCAGCUGCUAAGCUUGCACUGCGUAAGCAGCUGGAGAAGACGCUGCUGGAGAUCCCUCCACCUAAACCUCCUGCCCCUGAGUUCAACUUCCUGCCUUCGGCUGCCAAUAAUGAGUUCAUUUACCUGUUGGGUUUGGAGGAGGUGGUGCAAAAGCUUCUGGAGAUGCAUGGCAGGGGUAAUCUGGGUCCAGCUGCUGCCAUGGCCAGCUCCAUUCCCAAAGAGCCGCACACCUGUGCCCAGUGUAAGACAGACUUCACCUCCCGCUGGAGAAAAGAGAAGGCUGGGACCAUCCUCUGUGACCAGUGCAUGUCGUCCAAUCAGAAGAAGGCCCUGAAGGCUGAGCACACCAGCCGGCUGAAGGCAGCCUUUGUUAAGGCACUUCAACAGGAGCAGGAGAUAGAGCAGCGUAUCCUCCAGCAGGCGGCCUCCUCUUCAUCUCUCUCUAAAACCACCUCAUCUUCCUCAAUGUCCAAGAGUGAGAUGCUGUCCCAUCAGUACAAGCAUGUCAGCGCCAUGCAGCAUAGAUCUGUGUCUGCCCACCACUCCAGCAUAAAACAGAAUCAGCUGUCUCACAGCCUCCAGGCUGCGGUGAGCUCUCGUGGUCUGGCCCACGCAUACACUUCCUCUUCGCAGCUGCAGAGCGCGGUGACAGCAGCGGCGCUGGGCAGCAGGGCAGGUAAGCAUGCUGCAGCGCGUCCGCUGCAACAUGGAGGAAAGGUCAGCGCCGGCGGCAGUAACCAGGGCAACAUGGCUGCCUGGAGGAAGCAGAGCGCGGGCAACACAGGUGUGACUAUGGCCUACGUGAACCCCAGCUUGUCAGCUCAUAAGACCAGCUCUGCCGUGGAGCGUCAGCGAGAGUACCUGCUGGACAUGAUUCCCUCUCGUUCUAUCUCCCAAGCAGCCAACACGUGGAAAUAAUGCAAUCCUACUCCCUACUGACAUCAUAACCAUUAUCCCCUCCUAAUAUCAAUAACAGCCAUUCUCAUUAUCAUUCUAAUUCUUUCUAUGGACCCUUUCUCUGGCCAAAAUGGUGCAGGGGAGAAUCAGCCUAGUUUUGUGUUGGAUACAAGCUUUCCCUCUCUUCUUCCUCAGAUAUUUCUGCUCCCAUCUUUCUUACUUGAUUCCUUCAUCCCAGGUCGGGGGUUGAGCUGCGACAGCUCGGGCUCUUGGGAUACAAAGGAGUAUGUCGAUUAGAAUUCGGGUACCUUUUGGGUGGGGGAGGUCUGGGUUUUACACGGGCGAGUACAAUUUCACAAACUUCUCCAGCAACGUUGCCUCUGCCUCCUCCCUGUGUAUUGGUUGAACCUGGCAGUUGCAGCUAAGGAAACUUCUCUUGAGCGCCCCUGCCUCUGGAUUCAGGCGGGGAAACUGUAAUAAUCAUUCAAACUAAAAGAUAUUCGCCUUACGUCCUACCCCUCUCCGGUCUGAGCCAGUCGGACUCAGGCCCCACGUGGUGGCCGAACAGAACUUCACUGAAGAACUCAUCACAGGGAUUGUGGUUGAGCUUCGAGGACCAUCCACGAAAUAAUAACUGCUUCAGCUUUGCAAAAACGAAUAAAACACAAAAAAAGGACUGUAAAAAAAACGAUCUCUAUCUGCACACAGACUGCCUCUUCUCUCUAACCCACAGCGUGUCUAGCAGAGAAGUGGAUGUGUGUUGGAUUCUUUUGUAUGGCUGAAUGUUAGGAUUUUUGUCUUUUCUUCUAUAAGUCAUAUACUGUGUUUGGAAUAUUGUGCUCCCUGAUACUUUGGAAGUGGCCUGUUGUCCAGGUCUGAAUUUACAGGCUAAUGUUACUGUUGAGGUGGUUUUACAUCUGCUGGGUUCCAUGUUGUGGCCUACUUUUAAACACGUUGUUUUUCUAAGAUGAAGUGGAAGAAAUAAAGAUUAAGGUUUCACUGAUUAAUGUAAAAACAUGGAGCAUAUGUUUGGAGAACUAUUCUUAUUGAAUAUUGUAAAAAGAAAAACCUUCCAAAGAACUAGUGGAGCCCAAAUGGAAUCCCUUCUGCUAGAAGGUUUCUAGUUUAUUUGAACCCUCUCUGGAUUGAAACAUGAAGUCAUGCUAAACUGAGGGGGUGUAAGGAAUGUCAUAUUUUGACAUUGUUUUUGCUUUUAGUCAUAGGUUGUGGUGCAUUAUUUUUCUUCUAUAGACAAACUGUCUCUGGGUUUAUUUAUAGGGUCAUGUUAGUAAAGAUAUAUGCUUCUGCCCUAAGUUUGAAUGGAUCUCCACUUAAAAUGAUUUGUUUUCUCUUGUGUGUCCAGUGGCUCCCACUCACCUUUUACGAUUGGUCGAAGAGAAGCUGGACAGCUUUCAGAAUGUAGUUAUGCAAAAACCCCUAUAGCAACAAAUGACAUGAACUUCUUAGUCUUUAACAUUAAGGUGUGUAUGAUCUAUGUCCGGUCCUUGAAUUGAGCUAACUAUGCCUUUCACAUGAGAUCUAGUGCAUUUUUAUCAGGUUGCAGCAGCACAGGAUAAGCUAGUGAACACAACCUGUCCUACAUUGAACGGUAAAAUUCCUUUGUAACCAUGUGCUGUUUUCUUUAAUUUCAGUCGCUGAGGUGGUCCAGUUUCUUCAAUUCACACAGAAAAAGCUAAUUACUGAUAUUUUGUGCCCUAUUGGGAAAAUAAUGUAUGGUUGAAUUUGAGGAACAUUUUUAAAAAGUGGUAACAGGCUGACCACCCCAGCAGCAAUUUAAAAAUCCACUAUGUGUCCAUCUUUACGUCGUCUUCACAUGAAAACAGCAGUGGUUAUUAUCGUAUUAUGUCAUUACAAACCUGGAGUCUUGCUGCCCUGUUGGAUUUCGUUGGCUGCACUCUUUAGCUCAUCCAUGUCAGAUUUCAUUUUGAAAGAUGGCACACUGCAUUAGCUGACUGGGCAUCAGUUGAUCCCUCCAUACUGGGGUAUCAUCAGCAGCAUAUAUUAGGGUUUCUUAGGACGGUGCAGCGAUAGCAAAUGUCCAUCGCUGACAGAAAUACUAGCAUACAAAGUUUAAUUUAAAUUGCUCCAUAUGAAGUAAUUGUGUCUCAAAGUAGCAUCAGAAAUCAAACAGGUUGUCUGUACAUUCCUGACAGGCAGAUGGUAGAUGUCACAUCUUAUGGAUUCAACGUAAGCGAUCCGGAAUGAGCCCAUCAUUUAGUGCCCUGCUAAGUGUAGCCCUGUGCUGUCCUGACUACUGCCUGCUGCUGCUACUGUUAGACAACAUUAUCACCAUUCCGUUUGUUUUGGGCCGAAGCUCUGCUGAAUGCAGUGUAGCCCAAAUGGAAAAGAAAAAACAAUGUAUGAGAAAUAUUUGUUUUAUUUUGGAUUUUUUUCUGCUCUAUCAAAUAAUAAUAAAACUAAUUUUAACCCUUA